UGGGUCGCCGCUUUACGGAGGAAAACCAUCACUUUCGACAAUAUUUCCAAAGACAUGCUUGUUUGCUCACAGCACUUUCACAAAGGCAAGCCAGCAUAUGAAAUGCUUCAGUACGACCCCGAUUGGGCGCCGUCUCUACUCCUUGGUCACACAGGGUUCAGUGGCAAUUCUGACCAAUAUAAGCGCAACAUUCAACGGCAGCACGCUGCAGUGGCGUCACCCUCUGCCACACCUUCUGCUGCCACAGCCGAUGACCCACCCAUUGACACACAGAGGGUCAAUGACACACCCUCUGACUCUGCAGCUUUACCUUCAGAUGUCCAGAUAGUUAUCGUUGGUGAAGAACACCAGCAGGAGUGGAGCUCCAGUCUGGGCCAGGAGGACACAGAGCCCCCACACAUUAAAGAGGAGCAGGAGGACCUGUGGACCAGUCUAGUGCGAGAACAGUUUCAAGGGCUGGAGGAGUUCCCGUACAGGCCCUUACUUGUGAAAAGUGAAUAUGAUGAAGAGAGACCUCAGUUCUCACAGUUUCAUCAAAGACAAACUGAACAGAUAAAAAAAGAAGCGGAUGGAGAGCACUGUGAAGGACCAGAACCAGCCAGGACCUCAGAUUCACAAUCCAAACCAGAUAUUGAUGAUGAGACUGGAGGCUCUUCUGAUCCUGAGACUGAUGACAGUGCUGAUUGGAAGGAGACCAGAGAAGUCUUUGUCAAGCAAGAAUGUGGGAAAAGAUCUGGCACCAGUAGACUACAGAAGAGACAGGUGAGAUCUAAUUCAGAAAAGAGACCAUAUGGCUGCUCCGUCUGUAAGAAAGCUUUUAAACAGAGUGGACAUCUACAGGAACACAUGAGAACCCACACAGGAGAAAAACCUUUCAGCUGCCCGGUCUGUAAAAGAGCAUUUACAGUGAGUGGAAAUUUAAAUAGACACAUGAGAAUCCACACUGGAAAGCCAGCUUUAUUAGAGGCUGGACAUCCAAAGAAACGCAUGCAAUCCCACAUUGAAGAGAACCCUUUCAGCUGCAGCACCUGUCACAAAAUGUUCAGCAGGCCUCGUCAGUUCAAAAAACAUAAGUGUUUUGGUCAGAUGGAAACAGAAGAUGAUGGAGAGGACUGUGAAGGACCAGAGCCCGCCAGGAAAACAUACCCAGAUGUACACUUACAAACCGAUACUGAUGACGAGACUUGACACUGCUCUGAACCUGAAACUGACGACAGUGCUGACUGGAAGGAGACCAGAGGACCUCAGUCAGGCAUAAGCUCUCUGAAUAACAAAGUCCCUGUCUGGGAUUUGAGAUGUAAUGUUAGUGCGAAAAUAUUUAGCUGCUCUGAGUGGAGGGAAAUUUGUUAUGGCACCAAUGGACAAAUAAAGCGACGCGUGAAAAUCCACACAGGAGAGAACCCACUUAACUUCUCAGUCUAGGGCUGCACAAUGAAUCAAGAGGACAGAGUAACUUAAGGAAAAUUCAGCAAAUAGCCGUCGGUUGUACGUCGGUCUCAAGGUUUACCAGUUAACCAGUAAACGCAACAUUUUGUCCCGUCUGUGUUGUUUUUCAGACAACAGCAUCAUAGUUCAUAAAAAUGCA